CUUGCAAUUCUUAACAAUAUCUUCUGUCAUUUUUCACUUAGUUUUGAAAAGUAUUUGCAGAAAAUUGAAAAAUACAAGAGUUUUGGCGGGUUGCUACCGUUUCCUGAGAUCUUAAAACUCCCUUCCCCUUCCCCCUGCCCAUGCGCCCAUGCUCGUCUGCAACACAUCACAACACAUUGGAUAUGGAGAAUGAAUCGGAUCACCCACCACGGGGACUUGUAGAAAACAAGGAGAGAGGAGCUUUUUACAAAGAUGCUGCUGACUAUUGGUCUCAAAUACCUGCCACUGUUGAUGGAAUGCUUGGUGGUUAUGGUCAUAUUUCUACUGUUGACAUCAAAGGUUCAACCCAGUUUCUGAGACAACUGUUUAGGCUUAAAGUUGCCCCUGGUAAAGAACGGGCCAUAGAUUGUGGAGCAGGUAUUGGACGCAUCACAAAAAAUCUUCUUUUUAACCAUUUUAAAAAAGUUGACCUAGUAGAACAAGAUCCAGCAUUUGUUGCUCAAGCUAGGACUGCCUUAGAAGCUCAUAGUCAUAUGGGCAACUUUUAUUGCUCAGGGUUGCAGAGUUUUGAACCAGAGGCUGAUACUUAUGAUGUUAUAUGGUGCCAGUGGGUUUUGGGCCAUUUAAAAGAUGAUGAUCUUAUCCAAUUCCUUCAACGCUGCAUUCGGGGUAUUAAAGAAAAUGGUAUUAUAGUAAUUAAAGAAAAUGCAACUACAUCUACUGAGUUGGAUGAAGACUCUACAGACUCUUCAGUCACACGGCCACUAGAUCAUUUAUGCAGACUUUUGCAAGAGGCUGGUUUGAGAUGUGUAAAGCAGAAACGCCAAGAGAAUUUUCCACAUGGUCUUUAUCCAGUCUACAUGAUAGCAACAAGACCUUUGAAUCAGGAAACAUCAGAUGAUUCUCUAAACCAAGUGGGAAUAAAUACUGAUCUCUCUGCUUCAAACACGUCAGAAUCAUUUGAAGAAGAAGCUAAUGGUUUUAACUGUCAAGUUGAGUACUCAAGUGAUGAUUCCACCAAGACAGAGGUAUCACCCACUGACACUGUUUCAAAUCGUGGAUUAAAAUUUAAGCAUUUGAGUAAUGAGAAUAAUAGUAAUCGUAUGAGGGAAGUUACUGACAAAACAUGUGAUAUAGUCUAAUAAAAAGUAUUGUAAACACCAUUCGACCAUUGUCAUGUCUUUCAUAAUAAAAAAGAUACCAAAAUUGUA